CACACCCGCACGUUGUGUAGGUCUCUGAAUUGUUUGUAUCCCAGAAUCCCUUACGCUGCAAAAUGUCGCCUUCUAUGUUUCGGUUUGUAGAGGCACGAGAGAGGUUUACUAAUUCUACGAGAGAUGCAUUGGGAAGCAACAGUGUCAAACCACUUGUCACUGCAUUCGGUCAGCUUCCUGGAAGUGAGACAGAAAAGAAAACCACCCUUGACCAAGCCAUCAGAGGUGUCCUGGAAGAAGAAAUUAUAGAGCGUGCCAAGUGUGAUGAUUAUUUGGCUAUUAUUUCACUUAGCAUUAGUGGAGUCAUGGAAGGUAUCUGUUCACCAUCUACGCCUUUCUUACUUCUUGGUGAUGUGCUGGAUUGCCUUCCUUUGGACCAAUGUGAUAGAAUUUUUACAUUUGUGGAGAAAAAUGUUACAACUUGGAAGUCAAAUACAUUUUAUGUUGCUGGUAAGAACUAUUUGCUGCGAAUGUGCAAUGAUCUCUUGAGAAGAUUAUCAAAGUCACAGAACACUGUCUUUUGUGGAAGGAUACAGCUGUUUUUAGCCAGAUUGUUCCCUUUGUCAGAAAAGUCAGGUCUGAAUUUACAGAGUCAGUUUAACUUGGAGAAUGUGACUGCAUACAAUACCAAUGAACAAGAAAGCACCCUUGGGCAAAAGCAUUUGGAAGAUAGAGAUGAUGGACUGGAGGUGGAAGAAGGUGAAAUGGGUGAAGAUGAUGCUCAUCCAACUUGUUCUAUUCCUAUAGAUUACAACUUGUAUCGCAAAUUCUGGUCACUUCAGGAUUUCUUCCGGAAUCCCAUUCAAUGCUAUGAAAAAGUCUCUUGGAAGACCUUUCUGAAGCACUCUGAAGAGGUUUUGGCUGUCUUUAAAAGCUACAAGCUAGAUGACACACAGGCUUCUAAGAAGAAGAUGGAAGAUGCAAAAAAAGCUGGAGGAGAGCAUGUCUAUUUUGCCAAGUUUUUAACAAGUGAAAAGCUGAUGGAUUUACAGCUGAGUGACAGCAACUUCAGACGCCAUAUUCUUCUACAAUACUUGAUACUCUUCCAGUACUUGAAGGGGCAGGUUAAAUUCAAAAGCUCCAACUGCAUUUUAACAGAUGAACAGUCUCUCUGGAUAGAGGAUACUUUAAAGUUAGUUUAUCAGCUACUUAAGGAGACACCACCAGAUGGAGACAAGUUUGCCAAGACUAUUGAGCACAUAUUGAACACAGAAGAAAACUGGAACACUUGGAAAAAUGAAGGCUGUCCAAGUUUUGUUAAAGAGAGACCAGUAGAUUCUAAGCCUUUAAGAACCCCAAGAAAAAGGCCAGCUCCUGAAGAAUUCCUUGGUCGAGGACAUCACAAGAAGAUUUUGAUGGGAAAUGAGGAGCUGACUCGACUUUGGAAUCUUUGUCCUGACAACAUGGAAGCCUGUAAAUUAGAUGGCAGAGAGUUUAUGCCUAGUCUGGAAGAAUUCUUUGAAGUUGCAAUUGAACAAGCUGAUCCAGAAAGCAUGAUUGAAAAUGAAUAUAAAGUUGUGAACAAUUCCAAUUAUGGAUGGCGAGCUUUGAGACUGUUAGCUCGUAGAAGUCCUCAUUUCUUCCAACCAACAAAUCAGCAGUUUAAGAGUUUACCCGAGUAUCUAGAGAACAUGGUCAUCAAAUUAGCCAAGGAGCUACCUCCUCCCUCUGAAGAAAUAAAAACAGUGGAAGAUGACGAGGAUGAUGAAGAAAAUGAUGCAUUACUGAAAGAAAGCAAUGAAAGUCCAGAAGUCAAUCUUCAUAAGCAUCUGACAGGAGAACAAAUUGAUUCUUUUGCAAACCGACUUGGGACGCAUUGGAGAACCCUUGCACCUUACUUAGAAAUGAGGGAAGUUGAUAUUAGAGAGAUUGAGUCAGAUGUGGAAGAUGUGAAAAUGAGAGCCAAGCUUCUGUUGGUCUCCUGGCAGGACCGAGAAGGACAACAUGCUACCUUAGGGGAGUUGCUUUCUGCCUUGAAUAAUGCUGGAUUGAGUGAACUUACUGAAAGUCUAGGAAAUGACUAAAAUAUUUGUAGCAUUUAUUAAUAUGAUUUUUGUUAUAUUUCUUAGUUUGUUGCAAGUUCUGUUAUUGUAUAAAAUAAAUCAUGUUUGUAUUCUUAGAUCAGAACUGUAAUAAUUGCAUCUUUUGUUUAAGAUUACCCAGAUUGCAGUGUGAAUUUACAGCAGUGUGCAUUUACAGCAUGUGUGCAGAUGGUGGAUAAAUAAAAUUUGAGCACUGUUUUUUGUUAUUGGUAGUUAGCCCAGAUAUGUUGCAGAUAAAGCCUGUAGUACACCGACAGAUUUUUAUCAACUUACUUGUGAAGUAGCAUCUGCUUUCUCUUCCAUCUUAUUAAGCCAUAACUGUAAUAAAAUUGGUAAGCUUCUGGCUAUAGCAGGAUAUCAGGUUGGACAUUAAACUGCCGUUUGCUUUA